UUAAUCGAAAAGGAAAGGCAUACAUAAAUAAUGAAUCCUCUAGAUUAUACAAAUAUUCCUCAGUAAGUUUAAGAACAGUUAGGUAUUCAAAAUCACAUAGGUAGUGCUAUAAUGGAUUCAAAAAUCUUGUGCUCUGUUCUUGUUAUAACACUGAUUUGCAUUCAUUCAACUCUUUCUCAGGCGACAGAAUGUUAUUAUUGUCAUCCAGACCAUGAAAGUAACAAAUGCUUCGAUCCUGUCGAAAGUUCAUCACAAAACACAAUAAUUAAUUGUAAUGAGCAAUAUGGUCCACCAAGUGAUAACGCUACGUACAUUUGUAUCUCUGCUAGCAUUAAAUACGGUAAUGCCUCUCAAACAGGAAUUUUCAGAGACUGCAUGGAAGCUAAGCCUAAAGUGAACUACUGUAUUCAUUUCGAAAAGGGCUUAAUGGUAAUGAGAUUCCUAUCUUUCGGGUACCUAAAUAUUACCUUAGUUUCUUGUAAUACAUGCACGAAUUCUUUGUGCAACAGACAAAUUUUUGAUCUAAAUGGUAUUGCAAAUAAUGCAGCCAGCUUGCAGUAUGUUCUUUUUCCAUUAGUACUAUGUUUAAUAUUUUUGCGUGCAGCUUAAAGAGCAUAUUGUAAUGAGUAAUACUUUCUUAUUUUUUUUUAAAUAAACCACUUUGUAUGAUAUUGAA